UGUGCUCUGUCGCGAAAUCAUUUUGUUCUGUGGUAAUUUAGCAGCCGAGCAGGGAUUACUUCUCUUAUCCGCUCCUCCGCGCCGCCAUUGUCGGCCGUUACAAGGGGAAGCAGCCAUUGUCGCCGACCGGGGAUAGUGAUUUGGGAGAAAAUGGUCUCCAAGAAAUAGAGAUUUGGUUGCCUCAGCACCAGAGGUCAUGCCUUUUGCAUGCUUUUAGCUUAGCUCAGAUUUGUUCAUCAUCAAAGCAUCAUCUGAAUAAGUAUCAUCAGUGAUGCUGCUGCGCGUGGGCUACUACUUGUCACCCUCACGUGCUUGGAACUCUCCUAUUUUCUCCUCAUUCACCAAGCUUCCCUUGCUCUUAGUAUACCCGAAUCAUCAUCCCAUUCUCCAUUCCCAUUCCACUCUGUGUACCAAAUCCUUUAAUGUCAACCCCUUCUCUAUGAAUGGAUUGACCCAUCUCUGUACUUCAGCCGUUCUCUCUGCUACUGCUAAACUACCAAGUUAUAAAUCAUCACGUAUGUCCAGCAGAUCCAAGAAGAAGGCACGUCGAGAGUCCCCUGAGGGAUUGCUCCGACACAAGCUAGACAUGUGCUCAAAGCAAGGUAAUCUUGUUGAAGCCCUUCACCUUUAUGAUGAUGCUCGGAGAAAUGGAGUUCAACUUUCCCAGCACCAUUACAAUGUUUUGCUGUAUUUGUGCUCCUCUCAUGGUUCUUCACCGGAUACUGCUGGGGUGUGUGGUGGUGCACAUGAUGCAGCUGUGUUGAAUUCAGGUUUGGAAAGGGGUUUUGAAAUUUUUAGGCAAAUGGGUAUUGACCGAGUUGCCCCAAAUGAGGCUACAUUUACGAGUGCUGCAAGGCUAGCUGCGAGAAUGGAAGACCCGGAAAUGGCCUUUGAUCUCGUGAAGCAGAUGAAGAGUUAUGGUAUACUACCAAAGCUGAGGUCCUAUGAGCCAGCACUCCUUGGCUUUUGUAAGAAGGGGGAAGCAGAUAAGGCUUAUGAGGUUGAUGCCCACAUGGCUGAAUCUGGGGUAGUGGCUGAUGAAGCUGGACUUUCUGCCCUUCUAAAGCUCAGUGCAGAUGCAAACAAGGGCAAUAGAGUGUACGAGAUGCUACAUCGCCUGCGAUCCACUGUGAGACAGGUCUCAGAAUCAACUGCUACAAUUGUGGAGGAUUGGUUCAACUCUGAAGCAGCUGUGGAACUUGGGGAUGAGAAUUUGGAUGUGGGCAACGUGAGGGAAGGUAUUGCAAAGAGAGGAGGUGGGUGGCAUGGACAGGGGUGGCUGGGAAGUGGAAAAUGGAACGUAGUUAGGACUCAAAUAGAUGAGAAGGGUGUGUGUGGUUCAUGUGGUGAGAGGCUGGUCUGCAUUGACAUUGACCCAUUAGAGACAGAGAAAUUUGCCAGCUCAUUGACCAAAUUGGCGUGCCAAAAGGAGGUUAUGGCUGAUUUUAAGGAAUUUCAGGAGUGGCUUCAACAACAUGGUCCAUUUGAUGCAAUUGUAGAUGGUGCAAAUGUAGGCCUUAUCAAUCAACAGAAUUUCAGCUUUUUCCAGCUUAAUUCUGUUGUUAAUCAAUUACGCCAAAUGAGUCCGUCAAAGAGACUACCACUUAUUAUUUUGCAUAGGGGUCGUGUAUAUGGUGGUCCUGCAAAGAGUCCUAAUAACAAGAAUCUUUUGGAGAGUUGGAGAAAAUCAGGCGCACUUUAUGCCACUCCUCUUGGUUCAAACGAUGAUUGGUACUGGUUGUAUGCAGCUGUUAGUUGCAAGUGUUUGCUGGUGACAAAUGAUGAGAUGAGGGACCACUUGUUCCAAUUGCUAGGGACUAGCUUUUUUCCUAGGUGGAAAGAAAAGCAUCAGGUCCGAUUAACUUUCUCGAGGCAUGGACUUGCUCUCCACAUGCCUCCUCCAUAUUCGAUUGUUACUCAGGAAUCAGCAAAAGGUAGUUGGCAUGUACCAACCGUCAUAGGCAAUGAUCUUGAGACCCCAAGGCAAUGGGUGUGUGCCACCAGGCCCUGGACUCUUUCAUCCCAUUCUCUAAGUAGACUAUUUUCCUGAGAGAGAGAGAGAGAGAGAGAGAGAGAGAGAGAGAGAGAGUUUGUAGAAAUAUUCUUUUGCUCCCAAAGUACAAAUAAUUUAUUUUAAUCAGAUCAUGAUUUUCAAUUACAUUUUUGAUUUCAUUUGUAAAAUAAUUAUUCCCCUUGUAUCAUUACUUUAUAAAUUCCAUGAAAAUGAACGUGUAUUGCAAA